UGUCGUCUGUCUGUGUGAGAGUGAACAACAGUCAAAAUGGCUCAGCAGGGAGUUCUGCUGGACCAGGACCAGUUCUGUUGUUCUGUCUGUCUGGAUCUACUGAAGGAACCAGUCACCAUCCCCUGUGGACACAAUUACUGUAGAAUCUGUAUUGAGGGCUGCUGGGAUCAGGAUGUUCUGAAAGGGGUCUAUAGCUGUCCUCAGUGCAGACAUACCUUCACUCCAAGGCCAACUCUGAUGAAAAAUAACAUGUUGGCUGAGGUGGUGGAGAAACUGAAGAAGACAGGACUCCAGGCUGCUCCCCCUCCUGCUCUGUGCUAUGCUGGACCUGGAGAUGUGGCGUGUGAUUUCUGCACUGGGACCAGAAAGCAGAAAGCCAUCAUGUCCUGUCUGGUGUGUCUGGCCUCUUACUGUGAGACUCACCUCCAACCUCACUAUGAAUUUCCUGCUUUGAAGAAGCACAAGCUGGUCAAAGCCACCGCACAACUACAGGAGAAGAUCUGCUCUCAUCAUGACAAACUGCUGGAGGUUUACUGUCGUACCGAUCAGCAGUGUAUCUGUUAUCUGUGUACAAUGGAUGAACAUAAAGGCCAUGAUACAGUGUCAGCUGCAGCAGAGAGGACUGAGAAACAGAGGCAGCUGGGGAUGAGUCAGCAGAAGGUCCAGCAGAGAUUCCAGGAGAGACAGAAGGAGCUGAAGAAUCUCCAAAAAGCUGUGAAGUCUCUCAAGCGCUCUGCACAGGCAGCAGUGGAGGACAGUGAUCAGAUCUUUACUGAGCUGAUCCGCUCCAUUGAGAGAAGGAGCUCUGAGGUGAAGGAGCUGAUCAGAGCCCAAGAGAAGGCUCAAGUGAGUCAAGCUGAAGGACUCCUGGAGCAACUGAAGCAGGAGAUAGCUGAGCUGAGGAAGAGAAGCACUGAGCUGGAGCAGCUCUCACACACAGAGGAUCACAUCCAUUUCCUCCAGAGUUAUCAGUCUCUCUCCAGUAUCAGUGUAUCUUCAGACUUACCCAGCAUCGUUGUCCGUCCUCUUCAGUACUUUGGAGAUGUGAGUAAGACUGUGUCUGAACUGAGAGAGAAACUAGAAGACUUCCUUAAAGGAGAAUGGACCAAGAUCUCCACUACAGUGAAUAUAGUGGAUGUUGUACUGCCUCCAGAGCCCAAGACCAGAGAACAGUUGUUACAAUAUUCCUGUCAGCUCACACUGGACCCAAACACAGCAUACACAUUUCUCUCUCUGUCUGAAGGGAACAGAAAGGUGACCUGUACACGCCAAGUCCAACCAUAUCCUGACCAUCCAGACAGAUUCACCAACUGGUGUCAGGUUCUGUGUAGAGAGGGUCUGUCUGGACGCUGUUACUGGGAGGUGGAGUGGACUGGUGAUGUUAUUACAGCAGUCUCAUAUAAAGACAUCAGCAGAACAGAGGAAGGUGGUGGAUUUGGACACAAUAACAAGUCCUGGAGUUUACAGUACUAUAGUGGUGAUUAUUGUUUCAUACACAAUAAUGUUGUGACUAAAGUAUCAGGCCCUCAGUCCUCCAGAGUAGGAGUGUACCUGGAUCACAAGGCAGGUACUCUGUCCUUCUACAGUGUCUCUGACACAAUGACCCUCCUCCACAGAGUCCAGACCACAUUUACUCAGACCCUCUAUCCUGGGUUUAUGCUCAAUGGUACUGCUGAGCUGGUUAAACUGUAGUAGGGUCCACAUAGAUACUAGUCAUGCUGGUGUAGUCUAUAGCUGAGCUGGUUAAACUGUAGUAGGGUCCACACAGAUACUAGUCUAUAACUAUGUAGGAGGUACUGCUGAGCUGGUAAACUGAUUUGUUAAUAAUUAAAAUGUAAUGUACUUAUUUUUUAUCAAAUACAAUGUUUAAAUCUUGUACAUUUCCAUGAAUCAUGAUGUCUGGUGUUGAUGUAUAUUGGUUGUCAUUCAGAACCAUUGAUAUGUUUUCUCAGUUGGUUCUCUGUCUCUAUGUAAUUCUCCUCAGUAUCAUUGAUCAGCUUGUUGGUCCUAAUUGAUGUGUUCUCUGUCACCUGGAGCUGCAUGGAAAAUGGUCCAGGAACUAAAGGACAAUUCAGGACUAGUCAGCCCACUACAAGCUGGUAUCACUUACUUUCUACUAAACUAUAUGGACUGGUUUCCCAGACACAGAUUAAUCCUAGUCCUGGACUAAAAAGUAUGUUCAAUGUAGAUGUCCAGGAAACCGGCCCUAAAUGUGUCAUCUUUCAUCCUCCCAUACUGCUCAGUCCAGCAACAUUAAACCUGUCCAGCAGGUGGUGCUAUUGACCAAACAAUAAAACCAGCAGAUAUCUUGACUUGCCACUCAGUAUAUCAGUAAUGUUCAGAAUAGUACUUUAAUAUCAUUGGAGAUUGAUGGUCUUUUUAAUCCACUAUCCAGAGUCAGGAACAGAUGAAGUUAGGUCUGCUACUGUUCAGUGAUUAAAUAUGAUUUAUGGUGAUGGGAAAUAAUAAAAAACACUAAACUUCA